UGCCUUGAACAGUACAGUUGGAUGCGAUGUGCCCUGCUGGCUAUUGGUGAUGGCUGCAUGUGAACGUUUCAUUUCGGUGAACUCAGUUCUACUACUACAGCAACUACCACUGCAGCCAAUGGUAUAAAAAAGAUUCUCCUGAAAUCUCAAGAUGUCCCAGACUGCCAAAGCAGCCACCAGCCAGGGUACUGACUCUAAGGAGAAGGGCACACCUGCACCUGCCAGUAAGGCCACUAAGACUGGAGAGCCCAGCAUGGGCUCCUACAGGAUCAUCAUCUAUGAACAGGAGAACUUCCAGGGUCGUCACAUGGAGUUCCAGAAUGAAUGUGUGAACCUAUGUGACCGAGGCUUUGACCGCGUGCGCAGUUUGCGAGUGGAAUGUGGCCCCUGGGUUGCAUACGAGCAGAGCAAUUUCCAUGGGGAGAUGUUUAUCCUGGAGAAGGGAGAGUAUCCUCGCUGGGACACCUGGUCCAACAGCUACAGGAGCGACUGCUUCAUGUCCUUCCGCCCAGUUCGAAUGGACAACCAAGAGCACAAGAUUUGCCUUUUUGAAUGUGCCGACUUCAAGGGUAACAAGAUGGAGAUCCAUGAGGAUGAUGUGCCCAGCUUGUGGGCUUAUGGGUUCUGUGACCGGGUGGGAAGUGUGAGAGUGCCCUGUGGAACUUGGGUGGGAUACCAGUAUCCUGGCUACAGAGGCUACCAAUACCUAUUAGAGUGUGGAGAUUACAGACACUGGAACGAAUGGUGUGCCUUCCAGCCUCAGAUCCAGUCCAUGCGCCGCAUCCGUGAUAUGCAGUGGCACCAGAAAGGAUGCUUCAACUUCACAAUGGCAGCCAAGUGAGAGCCAGCAUCACUACAGCUCCCCCUGCUGGUGAGCAGAGACACUGUACAGUGUCUCAAAGACAAUGACCAGCUGUGAAGCACCAGUGCAGCCACUUUUAUAAUAAAGGGUUAAGGGUUAACCUAGAAAGAGAGAGAGAAGAGCAGCUCUGUAACAAAACACUUCCAAAUGUUAAUGUAGUGGAUGCUCUUUAAUUUGUGACACCAAUAAAUGUAUUUUAUGGCACUGAUUUUAAACCCUGGUUG